GACAUUGAAUGUCUUAAUGUGUCUAAUUUUGUCUUAGUGUAUAUAUCUUGUAUACUCCAAGUGAGAUUCCUCUACCACUUCUUGAGCAAAUAAUUGGUGAACUCCACGUGGGGUAUACUAAAUAUACACAAAUACAAAAAUAGGCAAAUAAUGAGAAUUAAUGUUUGUGUAUAGACUUGGCACUAUACAAUGUCCAUGUGUAUAUACCUUCACGGGAGAGGGGAUACUUGUCACUAUACAAGAAUGGAUUGUGGCAUACUCAUCUUCCCUAGCUUGUAUCACUUUCCUUUCAAGACUCAUUAUUAAGAUGGUAUUUGGCACUGUGAUUUUCAAGUUUACUCACUUGCGUCUCUGAGUUUCGGCCGCCAUUACGAGUUGGAAGUGGAAGACUGGAAGCCGUCAAGAAAUUGCUCCCUCUUUCUCUUUGACUCAUUCUCAUUCUUUCACCUCUUAGCUCCCACUCCCACCACAGUCAAAGACUCCAUCUUUCUAUCCUCAAACUUUGAAUUUUCCCUAAAACAAAACCAGAUGGGCAAUAUGUUCGGCAAAGGUCCUCCUCCGGCGGAUUCUCCGGCGGAACGAUUCGACAUUUCCGCCGAUCUGGUUUCCUACCUGUCGGCGUGCGAGAGGGAUCCGGACUUCAGAGCCUUCGAUUCGACCCUCCGGGACCGCACCACCAGAGCCAUCCACUCCGUCGCCGCCAACCUCGACGGCCGGACCCUCUCCCUCGACUGCCUCCGGGAAGUCACCGUCUGCUUCCACGACAUGAACCACCAGGUGGUCAAUUUCAUUCUCGAGAGCAAAAGGGAUGUCUGGAAAGACCCCGACCUCCUAGAUCUGGUCAAGGAGUACCUCGACAACAGCCGCCACACCAUGUCCUUCUGCACCGCCCUCGAAUCCUCCCUCCACCGCGUCCAUUACAGCCACUCCAUCCUCAAAUUCGCCCUCCAGAAGUUCCACGAAGAGACGACCCAGAUCCAAAAUCUAGGGUCCGACCCGACCCUUUCUUACCCCAUGACUCUUGAGCAGCUCAAAUUGUUCAAAGAUGCAGGUAACCCUUUCACGGAGAAGUUCUUUUCGCAGUUUCGUGUGAUUUACACGAAGCAAGAAUCAAUGUUGAGAAAACUAAGGGAGAAGAAGAGGAGGCUAGACAAGAGGCUGCAGAGGAGGAAGUGCUGGAGGAGGAUCUCCAACGCCAUAUUCGCGUCGGUGUUCGUCUCGGCCCUAAUCUGCUCCGUGGUUGCCGCGGCGGUGACGGCGCCGCCGGUCGUGGCGGCGCUGGCGGCGGCGGCGGCGGCCCCGCUGGGGAGCGUGGGGAAGUGGAUCAACAACUUGUGGAAGAAGUACGAGAGCGAGGUGAGGAGGGAGAGGGACGCGGUGAGCGCGAUGGGGGCGUGGAGCGAGUACGUCGUGCUCCAAGACUUGCACAGCAUCAAUGCGCUGGUGGAUAGGUUCGUGGUGGGGGUUGAGGGGUUGAUGGGGGCGGCGGACUUCGCCGGAGGAGGGAGGGAGGCGGUGGAGAUGGCGGUGGAGGAGAUAAGGAGGAACGUGGAGGGGGUUAUGGAGAUAGCAGAGGUUUUGAGUGUGCAUGCAGAUGAGUGCAAGAAGCAUAUAAGGAUGGGCAGAGCUGUCAUUUUGCAGAAGAUCAAUGAGCAGCCUGCUGCUGCUGUUCCUUCUUCUUCUCCAUCACCCAGUUGUUUGUUCUUUGGCUGAAACUCUUAUGAUUCUGGAGAUUGGUAUUUGGACCAACAAAGCCUAUUUUGGUCCGUUUCAAUUUUAUUGCGGAGAAGUUGUAGUUAAUUGCUCCCAGAAUAAGGCUUCCUGCACAGCUUGGUCCAUGUAACUUAAUUUGGUCUGGUUCAAGAGCAUUUGUUUAUAUGUAGUACGGCAAUUUGUUUGUUUUC